GUAUUCGUUGAGUGCUCUACUGGAUGUACUGCUGUCCAACAAGCUGGCUGCAGAACUUGAUAGUGGACUUGGGCGUUGCAAGGAUGAAUUCAACGAGUUUGAAAGACAGGAUGUUAAAUACCGUGAAGAUUUAAAGCACAUGAAGCAAAAGAUCAAAGAAACUCGAUGA